AAACAAAACAGACGCUUGUAAUUUUUCUCGUAAAUUUUCUUAAUUUUUUGUAAGAAAACAUCAAAGCUUCCUCAAUUUUAUGUGAAAUUCGUAUAAAUUACGUGAUUGUAAAGUAAUUUAAAGUGACAAAUAAUAUUUUUCCGUGAAAUUAUUGAUGAAAUUCAAUAUACGUCAAACGGAAAUCUGAAAAAAUGGAGUAUCUGACACUUGAACAGCAGCUUUUCGAGAAACAACAAAAGGGCGAAAACACGGAUUGUUCUUUUGUCUUCAAGAUAAGAACGGAAGACGGAAAAAUGACUGCAAAAGUACUUUACGGACACAAAAGCAUCCUAUCAACGGCAUCAAAGUACUUCGAGGCAAAUUUCAAAGAUGAAUGGAAUGGCACGUCACCCAUCGUAAUUACCACUUUUGACUGGGAAAUCUUCGAUAAACUCAUGCGAGCGAUUUAUCUGCGUGAAAUCACCUUUGACGGCAUUUUGGAAGCAAUCAACAUCUACGAAGCAGCUCAUUUUUAUCAAAUGCAUUGCGUACUAGAAUUACUAAGAGACGAAAUAAUUUACAAUUAUUUGGACUAUCGACACCAUUUUUUGUCAGAUUUGGCGAAAACUGCCUGGAAUUAUCAAGAUUACAAAUUGAUGCCGUUCGUCGUGAAAUAUUUCUGUGCAAAUACUCAAAUUUUGAUCAAAAGUGCGGAUUUUAUGGAUUAUCCUACGGAAGUGAUCAACUGGUUGUUCCAGUACGAGGACUUGUCGGCAAACGAAACUGAUCUCGUAAAAGCGCUGGAAAAAUAUCUCGAGACAAACGUUGGCAUGGCGACAAGCAUGAUUAGGCCAGCGAUCGAAAAAAUUCGCUUUCUCGCAAUUGACGAUCCACAUUUCGGAGAAACAACUUUGUUGACGCAAGCCGAGAAGGAUUUUUUGUUGGGAAAACCGAACGUUAAUGUCGUCAAGUUGUCGAAGAGUGAACGUGGCAGAAAGGUGAAAACUUUUUAUUCUCGUUUGCCGCCAGAAAUUCAAUUUGAAUUGACGGAAAAAGUUUUCGGCAAUAAAUGUUGGUAUUGUGAAACUUACGAUCAUGAUGUUGUGGAUUGCGAUGAAGUAAAAGCAACGUUUCCGGUUUAUAGUCGUUUGAGAAAUUUUCCUCAACAUUUUUCUAGCUGUUCAGCAAAGCAAAUUCUUUGGAUUUUGAGAGAGUUUCAUAAGCUUUCUGCCUCACAGGAGUUUGCUGCGUUUGCCAAAGUUGAUGAAAUAUGGAAAAAUCCUUAUAUUUAUAGUUUGAGUAUGCCUUUAGUUUAAUUUUUUUUUUUUUGCUUACAAUCAACAUUUUUUUCUGUGAAAUUUCUUAAAUAAAUUAAAAAUACAACUUUUUCUUGUAUAAAAAAAAUAAUAAUUUUUUAGACGAAAAUUUCAUACAAAAUUUU